AUGUUGCUUCAGAAUUGGCCUCCUUCUCCUGUUCCAUUCAAUUGUAGUUGUUGUCAAGUUCUUAGAGAAAUCAUUCAUGUCAAUGAAUUAUUGAACAACUACAUGAAACUUGAGAUUCAUGGAAGACUUGGUAUGAUUUGUCAUGCACUUUGUGAGACUAAGUCUUCUACUUCUACUUCUACUUCAGAAAAUCCUCGAUUUCAAAUGUUUGAACAAAGCAUAGAAGAAGUGAAGAGGUUUCUAGUGGAUUAUUGUUCAGAAAGAAAGAGAGAAGGUUAUGUUAUGAUAAAUGAUCCAUUGGCUACUUUUUAUGAGGCUUUGUGUGUUGGUUUAGAAUGGGAUGAUUUUCCAUUCUUUCCCCUUUCUCCACUCAAUUCAGAAGAAGAAGAAGAAGUGAUAAGGCCAGAACAAACUGAACCAGCCCAGCAGAGUGAUUUAGAAAGGAAUAAUAAUACCAGGCUGUCUCUUGCUCAACAGAGACAAAGAACAGGAAGGUUGACACUGAUGGAUCUACGCGAUUAUCUUCAUCUUACAAUCGAGGAUGCUGCAAAGGCUAUGAAUGUUUGCCCAACUGUUCUAAAAAAGAUUUGUCGUAAAAGUGGUUUGCAUAGAUGGCCUUAUAGAAAGAUCAGAAGUAUUACAAGGAAAAUAGAAAGCUUGAGGCCAAGUUUGGAGUCAUACAAUGCAGAGAUUAGGGCACAGGCUCAAGCUGAAAUUGAUCAACUUAGACAAGAGGCAAUUAGUAUUUGUGGUGGAGUUGAUGUAUUGGGAUUAUUAUAA